AUGGCUGAUGAGUGUCAUCUGUGUCUGCUGGGACUGAUCUUUCUCUCUUCACUUCUCACAGGUACCAGUGAAGAGGAUGUGACUCAUGUGUUCAUCAGUUCUGGUGAAAAUGUCCAUCUGCUCUGUAAUAAUGCUCUUCAUGACUGUAACUCAACUACAUGGAACUACAACAGAUUAAGAGAUUCAGCAGCAGCUGAACUGAUUGGUUUAGGGAUAAAGAAGAAAGACACAGAGAGUCAUGAGAGACUGAUUCUGGGGUCUGACUGCUCUCUGAACAUCAACAACAUCUCAAAAGAAGAUUAUGGCAUUUAUAGCUGCAGACAAUAUGUGAAUGGAGAGCUACAAGGACCUGAUGCUCGUGUUUUUCUGCAUAUUCUUCAUGUCUCUUCAUCCUCCUCCUCAUCCUCACAGACUGAGAUCACUGCAGGCCGCUCUGUGACUCUCUUCUGUCAGUUGUAUUCAUAUCCUCGAGUCUCUUGUGAUGAUUGGAUCAGUUCUGAGAUAAUUGAGCUGUUCUGGGUGAAUCAGACUGGUGUUAAACUGACGAGAUCAGACUCCAGAUAUCAGAUAUUAUCCUCAUCAGAUCACUGUAUCAUCACUCUGAAUACAACACUCCUGAAUGAAGAUCACAACAGAGAGUGGAGAUGUGAAGUUACUCACAGAGAUCAAGUCAAGAGCUCAGUCACAUACACUGUCAAGAGUUCAGUUCAAGCUGAAACAGUGACAGCAGUGAUUCCAGUCCACAUCACAAACUCUCAGGAUCCCUCAACUACAACAUCAUCAGAAACUUCUAAAGAUCAAGUCACAGUGAUUUCUGUGUCUGCCGCUGCAUUCACUGUUGUCCUUCUUGCUGUUCUCUGGCUGAUCUGGAGAAAAAGAGCUGUCAAAGAUGAGAAUGAAGAUAAAGGAGAGUAUGAGAAGAUCACCAUGUCCACUCCUGCUGCUGCGAGAGACAAUGAGCAGACAGAUGAUGUGACUUACUCUGAAGUCUCUUCUUCCAGUAAAAAGCCAGUAAAAUCGCUCAGUGAUCAUAAUGAUACAGUGACUUACGCUGCCAUCAGAUGAACAGAAAACAAGCCACAGGAUGAACUUUACAAGAACAAGAGCUUCACAAAUAGACAUUCAUCACUGCGUGAGCUCCUCAUAUCAGCAGCAGACGGGACGUUUUCUCCGGAUGCUGAGA